UCCCAGCGCCUCGCGCCACCCUGGGCCCUGCUCGCGCCUCUUCUCUUCCGCGUUCCCGUGAUGCUCUGGGGCCGCCGAAAACCUUGAGCCGAGGUGGGACUGUGCCUCAGGGAGAUCAUGGCAAGGUAGAGAGGACUCUACGGGUCCCGAGAGGGGUCAGGCGGAGGCGAGCGACGGCGAAAGGGCGGGGCGAGCGGGCUGAGGCGCCAUUUUUAAACAGCCCAGGACCUCAAGGUGGCAUACAUGACUCUCCUCUCCAUUUUUAUCCACACAACAGCUUUAUGAGGGUGACCAAGGUACUUCAGGAGAUGCCUGAGUUCUGAUCUCCAUUGAUUGCACUCCAUUCCCCUUUCUACAUAGGGAAAGGGUGAACCACAAGCUUGGCUAAAGGGUCCUGCUUCACCUCCCUUCUGAGCAGGUAAUUUGGCCUCUAGGGAUGCCCACAGGAGAGAAAGCAGUCUCUAUGACGGUGGUAGGCUUGUGCUGACAGCAUUUUUUCCUGAUUGUCAUCUCAUUAUCAUUCAGUCAGAAUGGAUACCUUGCCGAAUGUCCUUUCUCCAGUGGGUGGAAAUGCUGAUGUUGCUGGCUCACAGACAGAAGUACAAAAAUUGUUAAUUGAUGAAAGGAUACGAUGUGAACAUCAUAAAACUAAUUACCAAACACUGAAAGCGGAACAUACAAGGUUACUGGAUGAAUAUACAAAAUCACAAAAUGAACUCAAACAACUGUUGCACGAAAAACAAACUGUUCAUGAAAAAUUUCAGUUUCUACUUGCUGAACUCCGAGAGGAACUAUUGGGUAAAACUAGAGAAGUAGAGGAAUUAAAGAUGCAGGUAGUAACUCCACAAAAGCUUGAAUUAUUGAAAGCACAACUACAACAAGACUUAGAAACACCUAUGAGAGAGCGCUUUCGAAAGCUGGAUGACGAAGUAGAAAAAUACAGAACAGAAUAUAACAAACUUCGAUAUGAACAUACUUUCCUCAAAUCAGAGUUUGAGCAUCAGAGAGAAGAGCAUGCCCGUAUUUUAGAAGAGAAUAAAUUAAAAUAUGAAUCUGAGAUAGCAAGACUGGAUAAAGAUAAAGAAGAAUUGCGUAAUCAGCUCCUUAGUGUUGAUCCUACAAGAGAUAACAAACGUGUGGAAUCUCUACUAAGAGAGAAGACGCAGCUGCUACAGAAACUAAAAGGAUUAGAAGCUGAAGUAGCAGAAAUUAGAGCCCAGAGAGAGAAUUCUGGUAUCCAAGCAGACAAUGUUCAGAGAUUGCAGGCGCGUCAGCUAUCUGAGAUGCAAGGAACGAUAAGAACCCUUGAGGCAGAAAAACAAUCUGUUAAGCUGCUUCUUGAGCGUGUUGAAAAGGAACUGCAGAUGAGCAAUGAGCAAAAUACACUCUUAACAGGCAAGCUGCAUAAAGCUGAACGAGAGAUCAAUGCCUUGACUACUAAAGUUGAAGAACUUAGGCAUUCACACAAGUUAGAAGUAACAAACAUCAAGUUGGAAUCAGCAAGAGCUAGGAGUGAGAUAGAAAGAGAAAAGAACAAGAUUCAAAGUGAAAUGGAUGAAUUACGUUCAGAUAAUGAAAUACUUAAGACAACACUUGAGCGGCACAAAGUCCUAUUAACAGAAAAGGAUCGUGAAUUAAUACGCAAAGUACAAGCUGCAAAAGAAGAAGAAUUCCAGAAACUUGCCUUGUUACAGGAGGAAAAGUUAGAACUUGAGACUAAAUUGGCAGAACUAGAGAAAGUAAAAGUAGAGCAAGAUGCUCAGAGACAAUCAGAAAAGGACCAAUAUGCAGAGAAGCUGUCCACUAUGCAGUUAGCAGAGGAGUCUACCAAAAGGGAGAUCCAGAAUCUUAGACUAAAGCUUCAACAGCAAGCUUCAAAUGUUGAGGAGCUAGAAAGAGAGAGAAGUGAAAAUACAGAUCUAAAGCAGCGCAUCCAUGACUUGCAGCUCCAAGUGGCUUCACUUUCACAGUCAGAGAAUGACUUGGCAGAUUCCAAUCAGAAACUCAAGGAACUUCUGGAGAGAUUAAAACAUGAAUGUCGGAUUGCACGAAGUCAAGCAGAAAGGGCUCAAUUAGAUUCAGAGAAACAUUUGGAAGACAAGCGGGUAGAAUGGUUAGAAGAAAAACAUAAAUUUAUUCAACGUAUUGCAGAAAUGGAAGAAAAAUAUAAUCAGACAAAAGAAAAAUUGCACAGAGCAGCAAUUGCGCAGAAAAAAAGAAAGACACUUAAUGACAAUAAGCAGAAGAAAUUGCUGAAAAAGAUAGAGCUCUUAGAAGCCAAGACAGAAGAACUGGAAACUGAAAACCAGGUGUUAAACAGGCAGAAUGUUCCUUUUGAAGAACAUAUUCGCCUUCAGAAAAGACUAAAGGAUUUGCAGCGGAGACAUAAUGAAUUCCGCAGAUUAAUACUGUUUCCCAGCAUUCCAGUGCUGAAUCCUGUCAAUCUGUUAUCAUCAACUUUGAUUCCUGGACCAGAGGCACCAAUUUCCCUUCUGCAAGAGGAACAGCAUCAAAGAGAGGUUUCCUUGCUACGCAGGCGUCUGGAAGAACUAGAAACCACACAGAGAAAGCAGUUGCAAGAGUUUGCUUCCUCUACUGACCGUGCUCGGUCAGUAAUGAGUAAUGAUACUAACUCCGACAGAAAUAAGCUUGUUGAAGAAUAUGAACUCCCAUCUGGGGAUGCCAAAUAAAAAUUAAAGACUCGGUGUCUGAUAUUUUCAUCCUUUGUCAAACAUGCUCACACAUGGAAGUGCCUAAAUAUAUAUUUUAAUCAUUUUGUAUUCUUUUUCAUAAAAUAUUUUUUUAAGAAAUAGCAGAUAUAAUUCAAGUAAAAUUACUGUUUUGGGAAAACAUUUUAUAGUUUUAUAUUCUAAAAGAUAAUCAUGUUGCACAGAAAGCUUUUUCUAACAAGACCAUUCCUGAGCCUUAAGAAAAGACUGGCUGUUUGGAGAAAUCCCUGUUUUCCAUUUCUUCUCAGUCCUUCAUCAAUACAGGGACUUUGAGGCUGCCAUCAUACAGUUAGAAAUACUGAAACAAUUGGAAACCACCAUAUGUGGCUACUUGAAUUUCAACACUUGAUUACAAAGGCAGUGAAAUUGCAUAAUGGCAAGCCAUAUCAUUAUAUUUGCAAAGAACUUUAUUAUUUGCACUUUAAAUAAAUACUAUGGGGUAUCAAGAGAAAAAGGAAUAUUUGCUUUUACCUUUACAAAGAUAACAGUCUAUGUAUGUGGUGCAAAACCUUUUCAUUUGUGAAGUGAUCAAAUAUAUUUAUUAUAUUUUUGUA